AUGAACGCCGCCACCACCACCACCACCGUUGAGCCGCCGUAUCAUCACCUCCCAACAAACAAUCUCACCCAAAAAUCACUCUUAAAUCUCCUAACCACCAAAUGCACCACUUCUCUCCACCAUCUGAAGCAAACCCACGCUCUAAUUCUCAAAACCAACCACUUCCAACACCAUUUCAUAUCUGGUUCUUUGAUCAAAUCCUACGCAAAUCCCAGUUUCAAUACUUUCGAUUCUUCUCUCCAACUCUUCCAUCAGGUUCCAAACCCUAAUGUUUUCGUCUGGAACUCCGUUAUCAAGGGGUGUUUCGACAACAGCAAGCCCUGUUUGGCUCUGUUGUUUUAUUCGAAGAUGGUGGGUUUGGAUUCAAAACCAAAUAAGUUCACGUAUCCUAUGUUGUUUAAGGCUUGUAUGGUUGUGAAAUCUGUUGAAGAAGGUGCUCAGAUUCAUUGUCAUGUGGUGAAAAAUGGGUUUAUGGAAGAUGGGUAUGUCAAAAGUGCUGGUAUUCAAAUGUAUUCAUCGUUUGGACGUUUAAUUGAAGCUCGGAUGAUUCUUGAUUUUAAUGGCGAAUCGGAUGUUAUUUGCUUCAAUGCCAUGAUCGAUGGGUAUUUGAAACAUGGAGAAAUUGAAUCUGCUAAGGCUUUGUUCGAAGUCACGAUGAAAAAGAACGUUGGUUCAUGGAAUGCCAUGGUUUCUGGUUUGGCUAAAUGUGGAAUGGUUGAAGCUGCUCGAGAAGUGUUCGAUGCAAUGCCUGAAAGAGAUGAUAUUUCAUGGAGUGCCAUGAUUGAUGGGUAUAACAAAAACGGCUGUUUUAAGGAAGCAUUGGAAGUUUUUCGAGCGAUGCAAAGGGAGAAACUUCGGCCCAAAAGAUUCGUUCUUUCGAGCGUGGCUUCGGCUUGUGCCAAUGUCGGUUCUCUCGAUCAAGGGAAAUGGAUUCAUGCUUAUAUCAGACGAAAUUCGAUCGAAUUAGACGGGGUUUUAGGAACCGCGUUAUUGGAUAUGUACGCGAAGCUGGGACGACUCGAUUUGGCGUGGGAUGUUUUCGAGACGAUGAAAUCAAAAGAGGUUUCUUCAUGGAACGCGAUGAUCGGAGGGCUCGCGAUUCAUGGUCGGGCAAAGGAUGCAAUCGAGCUUUUCUCUCAAAUGGAAAAUGAAAAAUUGAAGCCCGACGAAAUCACAUUUGUUGGAUUAUUGAACGCUUGUGCUCACGGAGGGUUGGUCGAUGAGGGCUUGGAGUAUUUCAAUCGGAUGGAAGCGGUUCAUGGGGUUGAGCCGACGGUCCAGCAUUACGGCUGCGUGGUCGAUCUUUUAGGCCGGAUUGGAUGGUUAGCCGAAGCCGAGGAGCUAAUAAGUAGAAUGCCGAUGACACCAAGCCCCGCUGUUUGGGGUGCACUUUUGGGUGCUUGUAGGGUUCAUGGAAACAUCGAAAUGGGAGAAAGAAUUGGGAAAAUGUUGAUUGAAUUGGAGCCUCAAAACGGUGGUAGAUACGCGUUGCUAUCGAACAUCUACGCAAAGGCUGGGAGAUGGGAAGAUGUAGAGAAAUUAAGAGCGUUAAUGAAGGAAAAAGGCGUAAAAACCAGUACUGGUAGGAGUACGAUCGAUUUGGGCGGUGUCGUUCACGAGUUCAAAGUCGGGGAAGGGGCCCACCCUCGAACCCGAGAGAUUUACGAGAUGGUCGAGGAGAUGAUUGCAAAACUGGAGAAAGACGGUUACGUCCCUAAAACAUCGGAGGUGUUAUUUGAUAUUGACGAGGAUGAGAAGGAAACUACAUUAUGGCGACAUAGCGAAAAGCUCGCUAUUGCGUUCGGGUUGAUCAGCACAUCAACCGGAACGCCCAUUAGAAUCACGAAGAAUCUAAGGAUGUGCGAGGAUUGUCAUUCGGCAGUUAAGCACAUUUCGUGCAUAUAUGAGCGGGACAUAAUCGUGAGGGAUCGUUUACGAUUUCACCAUUUCCGCAACGGGAAGUGUUCUUGCAAGGAUUUUUGGUGACGAGUU